AUGGAAACGGGGCCCAGAAGCUGUCCUAGGGGUGGGAAGGAAUCCCAGGAAAUCUGCUCCCCUGGAUUACUGGUGUUCACCGGCUGCUCUGAGCAGGAUGCCAACUUGGCUAAGCAGUUUUGGCUCGGGGCGUCCAUGUACCCUACUACCGAAUCUCAGCUGGUGCUGACCCGAGGCAGCAGUCAGAGGCUACCGGUGGCGCGGAACUCGAAAGUCCUUUUGAGUGAGAAAAGUUCUAUCAAGCCCUUUCCCUUUGAUCAAAACAAGGAUGCGAUUAUCUUUGCAAAAGCCCAAAAGAUUCAGGCAUCUGAAGAAAAAGCAAAGUAUUUCCAGAAGGCCAACCUAGUCUGCAUAGAAAGCCCCCAGCUACUUAGUAAGACCCUGUAUCAAAAACAGGAACAACAACAACAAAAGGCCAUUGAAGGUCAAAAUAAAGUUUAA